CUCACCCUCACACUGGUGGCAAGGGCAAGCUAUGCUGCUGCUGCCAGAGACACCACCUCAACUUUACCACCUCAACUUCACUACUGGAACUCUGUCCUCCCAGGCACAACAAUGCCAAAAGCUCUCAGUGAACUCGUCCAACCUGACUCAGUCGAACCACCCAAGAACUUUGUCGGUUACAACCACCACGCUGUCGAGGACAGAACCCUCGUUAUCUACACCAAAAAUGACGAUACAAACCUGAAAGACCCAACCCAAAGAAUUUUCUUCUUGGAGAAGGAAAUAAAAUCUGGCACAACCAUGAAAUAUAGCUUGGGUAGAAAAAUAGCAGGGGAAACUUUCCUGCCCCGCAAAACUGCAGAAUCGAUCCCCUUCUCAUCCGCCAAACUGCCAGAAAUUCUCGACAAAUUUUCUAUGAAGCCGGGGUCUGUGGAAGCCGCUGUAAUUCAGGAAACCAUUCAAGAUUGUGAAAGUGAAGUCCUUAGAGGAGAAGACAGAUACUGCGCCACCUCCUUGGAGUCAAUGGUUGACUUCGCCAUGUCCAAGCUGGGAAGAAACGUUCAAGCAAUCUCGACAGAGGUCGAAAAGGGAGCCACCCUGCAGAACUACACAGUAAAGCCCGGCGUGAAGAAGGUGAACGAAGGUGGCAAUUUCAUUUUGUGUCACAAGCUGACCUACGCUUACGCUGUCUUCUUUUGCCACACAUUUGGGCAAACUAGGGCUUAUGCGGUGCCUCUGCAAGGUGCUGACGGAACGACCGCUAACGCAGUAGCAAUCUGCCACCUGGACACAUCUGCAUGGAACCCCAAGAAUCAUCCCUUACAAGAGGUCAAAGUUAAGCCAGGAACCGUCCCGGUUUGCCAUUAUCUUCCCCAGGGUCAUAUUGCUUGGGUUCCAAACUAGAAAGAAAUAUCUUACCCUUUGUCUUUGUGGUUCUAAUUGUAAAAGGAAUCCCAUAAGAAUGGGCUAGCUACUAUUGUAUCCGCUCUAAUAUAAAUAAAAAUCAAUUAGAAUGCCC